UAAGGGAAGGAAACACAGACACACAGAGGGAAAUAGGGAAGCAGUGAGUCUACAAAUCUCACAGCAUAUUUGUCUCUGAUCACAGCAUCCAGAAACAGAUCUCAAGAUGAAGUUUUUGCUGCUGUUGGUGAUGCUGACAGCGUGUGAUGCAAGUCCACAAGAUCUGUCGGGUAAAAUGUUUACCUUCCCACAACAAACCAAAACUGCUCGUGUAAGACUAACAGCAUCAAGACAGGAUUUCACUACUUUAACCGUGUGUCACAGGUCCUUUACAGACCUCAAAAGAGACCACACUUUCUUCUCUAUGUCCACACCUGCGACUUCCAAUGCCUUCCUGAUGAUCUGGGAUGACGCAAACAAGGAGAUGGAGCCUCAUAUCUGGGAUAAAAAGGCAGAAUAUAGAGGGCAGGACUACAAGCCGAACAUGUGGCACUCCAUUUGUACCACAUGGGACUCUGCGUCUGGUCUGGUGCAGCUGUGGCUUGAUGGAAAACCUUCGAUGAGGAAAUUUGUCAACUCUGGAACAAGCAUCAGAGGAUCCACUAUAAUCAUCUUAGGACAGGAGCAAGAUUCCCAUGGUGGGGGAUUUGACUUGAUGCAGUCUUUCGUUGGCAUGAUGUCUGAUGUCCACAUGUGGGACUACGUCCUCUCCUCCUGUGAGAUCCAGAAGUACAUGGAUGAACUCAGCUUCACUCCAGGGAAUGUCCUCAACUGGAGUGCGCUGGAGUAUGAGAUCAUCGACAGAGUGCUGUUAGAAGAUAAGCGAAAACUAAUGACCUGUUAGCUUAUGACGAUACCAUCUAUAUUUUAGAGAGUAAUCGACAUCUAAGGUAUAACUAAAGUUCAAUGAAUAUUUUUCAACAUGACCUACUUUCUCUCAAAGCCAGAAACCAAAGAAGUAAGACAUGUAAUGUCAUGGCAUAAAGUCUGUGGCUGCUCCACAGGCAAUGAAUGGGAGACUGAUUUGUGGACCCACAGAAUGAGCUUUGUUCUACUGUAUUGUUCUCAGUUUUGAAACAGAAGAUGUACCUUUAUACUCACCUAGAAUAUCCACAACAGCUCCCCCAAAUUAUUAUAUAUGGAGCAGAUCUAGAUUUUAUACCCUAUGACAUCGCAAAUUUGAGUUUUAGCUCUCUAGUUUUUUGAUUUGGAGUGAGUUGUUCAUCUUUGCUAAUAUUUUUGGACUGUCUUCGACCAACGUACCCUCAUAAAAUGGUUCCUAUGAUGUCCUACAGAAAUGCACACGCAGCAGUUCGUAUGAUAUCCUACAAAUUUAGUGCCCAGUGACUGAUGGUACAUCUUUAACGUACAGUUAUGUAAUAACUCAGAGUUACAGAGGUUAGGUUAAGGCAAGUAAAGUUACUGUGGUUAGGUUAAGAAUACCGAAUGUAGCUAGUGCUGACAAGAGCAUUGUUUACAUGUUGCCAUGACAACACCGGAAGUCAUAUGUGAGAUCCCUUUAUAAUAGUUGAGUGGUUUUCUUGUGCUGUUCUGGGGGACUCUGUUUGCUGUCGAGCUGGAGUUACUAUUGUGUUGUCUUUGUUAAAUUCAUAAUAAUAAAUAUGUUUUCUUUGUAAAUCACAUGACCAUGACCCGGAAGUUAAUGCAGAGAGAAAAGACGGGCGGAAACUGAAGGUGACUGAAAUGCCAAAUGUAAACAGUGGACUUUUAUGCUCCCUUCUAUGAUCCUACAGCUGGUCUCCCAGGCGAACACUUUUUCAUGGUGUUCCAUGAUACUUCUACGAGCAAUUAAUGUAAACAUGGACAUCAGUAUGAAGCGUGGACUCUUCCAUGACCAGUGUAGAUACAAUGAAACAUGUUGAGGACAUACCUUAAAAUGUUGCAAAGUUCACUUAAAGUCCCCAGGCUUCCAAAUAUGCGUCUCUUUACAACACCACUCAGGGCUGCUUCCUUGUUUACUCCUGUCAUCACAAUGUUCUCGUGAUUGCAGCCUUUCAAAAUACAAGGGAUAUGUAUGAAUUUGGGUGAAUUACUUUUCAUAGGAAAUCAUACAAACAGUUAAUAAGAGCAGCUUGCUUAGACUAUGAGAAUAGUGUGAAUGAAUUUUGAAAAUUCCACUGAAAGUUUCACUUUUCUAAGAUGGAAACGGGAAUUGCGAGUCCAAUGGAUUUAGGAACCACAAUGUGACAUUCAGCAGUGUUUUACAACAUGCAGUUCUUAAUUAAAUGUCAGUCUGCAGUCUGUGUAUGCAUUGAUUAUGCUCACUAACAUUAUUUCUGAUAUAUUUUCAUUUCCCUAUAGCUUGGAAUAAAAAGUGCAUCAAAUCACAUUAUUGUGAUAAUCAGACACAGAAUCAUCCCUCUACAUCUAAGCCUGUGGAUCUGACAGCUUGAUUUUUUUUAACGUCAUGCCCCCUACUGGACAAACUUUGAUGAAUGCACCUUUAAUUGAGAUUUGAUUUUUCUAUGAAUUGCACUGAUCUUGGCACCUGUCUGCAUUUUUCUGACACUGAAAUAAACAAUGUCUUGAUUCAA